CGAAGUAUCGUGGCCUGUCAAAUAUUCAAACGUUAUUUAGAAGUGCUAUGACAAGAAAAUUAAGUGAAAGAAAAUUUGACAUACGAUGAUACUGAAAAUUACGCGAUAACUAUGCGCUUUAAGUUUGUAAAAACGUUGUUAGUGCUUGCACUAUUAGGUAAUAUCAUUCUAUGGCAUAGAAUAUGGAGGUUAUUUGCAACACAAAACACAUUGCGGUUGUUGACACCAAGCAUGGUAACACCUGAUCCUCCGCAAAAAUUUCAUCGCCGAUUAGCGCGUUUGGUAACUGUGGUUAUACGACAAUUUGAAACCUUUGAAAACGAUGUGACUUCCACUGUAGAGUCUGUGUUAGAUUUCUUUCCUACUAUACCAAUUUUAAUAAUAUGCAAUGAGUUACCAUAUCCUCCUUUGGGACUGGACUUUGCCAAUGAAAGCAUGCAAAAUGUUAAAUUAAUAAAUUUACAACCAGAAUUUAAUAAUUCAUACGAUGAAAGAAAUCCACUUUUUUAUGUGCGUACAAAGUAUGUUUUAUUUUUACCUGAUGCUAGUCGACUCUCUACUAAAGAUGUCAUACAAGAGACUGUGUCACAUGUAGCAAAAUUAGGCAUUGUAAUUGUACCAGUAGGAAGAAUAACUUUGAAUUGUAUUGGCAUAGAUUUAAAAAUAAGAGAAUGGAGUCUCAAGUUUUCACAAGUUAAGGGCACUGAAUGCGAUGGCGUGAAUGGAAAGCAUGCUACAAUGCUGGAGACAAAACUAUUAAGGAAAUUAACUGAUCCUUUUCUCUUACCAUUCACGGAUGCAUUAUAUAUUCAGACAACUGCAAUAGGUGCAAAGAUUCAUAUACUGACAAAUUAUCAAUUCGAUGAAGGGAAGUCAUUGUUUAGAAAUCAACAAUCUCAAUGGAAGGUACAACAGUUGCACCUAAAUCGCGAACGAUUAAUGUUUGAAAAUUUGGGAAUUAAGAAGGUUAUAAGAGAUUCUAAUUCCAUAGAAUGGUAUGGUUGUUCGAGGGAAAGUAGUAGAUGUUUUGGUUCAGUUAUAAAUGGUGUACCAUCAUAUAUUUAUCAAAAACGAUAUACACCACCUUGUUGCCUCUCAGGUUUAAGAAAAGUUGCUCAUCACGUGUUUGAUAACUUAGAAGAAGUUGGUAUCAGAUUUUGGUUAGAGGGAGGAUCUUUACUUGGUGCUAUGAGAAACGGUGAUAUUUUACCAUGGGAUCAUGAAGUACAAAUAGGAGUAAAUCGUGAUGAUCUCGAACGAUCACCAUGGUUAAUUAAAGCCAUGAAUAAACCCAUUGUUGAUAAUCAUGGUUUUGUCUGGAUAAAGGCAACAGAGGGAGAAUUUUUUAAAGUGCAGUAUUCAAAGACAAAUCAUUUGAAUGUGAACAUACUUCCAUAUUAUGCAAGAAACGGUUCUAUGGUUAAAGAUGCAUGGUUUUUAAAUCAUAGGGAUUUUCCAGAACAAUUUCUUCAUCCAAUGUCGAGUAUUGAAUUUGCUGGUAGACAAGUGCCAUGCCCGAACAAUAUUAGAGAUUUUUUAGAAUUGAAGUAUUUCAAAGGUGUGAUAGAAAAUCCAGAACUCCCUGGGAAAAUUUCCUUCUAGAUUUUAUAUUUAUUGAAAUUUAAUCUUAUAGCAAACGAUAUGAAUGCAGCUAGAAAUACAAAACAAUUCUUUACUUAACAUGUAAUUUAAAUCAUAUAAGCAGUAAUUAUCUACAAAUAUAAUAAGAUUUUACAAUUUUUUCGUACCACUUUAAAUAUCCGAAUUAAUAUCUUCUACUAAGAAAUGAAGUUAGGACUGCAUUGUAGUGUUUUCAGAUGAAAACUAUUAUUUUCCGAUAUUUUAUAAAAGGUGAUACAAGUGUAUCGCGAAGUAAAGAGUUAUUACUAAUUUGGCAAGGUUUUCAAUAUAAAAAUAAAAGGAAGGUUUAAUGAAAUGUUCU